GCUACUGCUAUAAAAUUUCAAUUUUUUUCUCUUAAAUCUUGGAGGUGUUUCUCUUAAACCUUAUAAUCUUUUAUUCUCAAACUUUUAUUUUCUACAUAUUUAAAACCUACGUAAAGAUGACAAUGAGAUUUGAGAAAAAAAAAUUUAAAAAAAAACAGCAUCAUCGUCAGGAAAAAAAAUUAAAAAAACAUCUACAAUAAUAAUGAUGAGUCUGAGCAUUCCAUACCAUAGAGAAGAGGGUCAAUAACUUUGAUGGGGAAGAAGAUUGUUGGACAUGCUAAACAGAGAGCAGGAGGAAGGCGAAGGCAACUGGAUAAGCCAGCAGCAGCAGUGCCGCCGAGCUCCGCCGACGCCGCCCUCGCCGAACGCCGUAGCCGCCGUCGCCGCUCUUCCUUCCCCGUCGCACGGUAGAUUCGGCUGCAACAGGGAGUGCAGCGGCGAGCUUCUCUCUUUCGAUUUGGUUCCUAAUUCGAGGAAAUACCAAACGGGGCUGCUUGGUCUGGCUUUGGAUUUGGGCAGCCGGGGCGGCUACCGGCGGGGUGCCGGGGUUGUUCCGGCGACUAUGGGGACUUCUCCGGCGGGGGCAGCGGGCCCGAGGGUCGAUUCUUUGGGCUCGAUUUCGCGCAGGUAGGAACACUGAUUUUGAUGGGCAACCCGGAGGGCAGUGAAGUGGUGGUGUGGCGUGGAUGGCUCUUAACUACUUUAAUAAUUAAACCACAUUAUUUUAAUGGAUUUCAUGGACUGUUGGACGUUACUUUGGUUUUAUUAUGCUUCCGCGACGUUUGGACUUGUUUAUUACUCUGAUAAAUUUUGGUUUAGUUU